CGCCCCGCAUCGCCCGUAGCAAAGCGGGCUUCUCUCCCUCACGCUUUUGGAGCCAGCGGGACAAGCCAGAGUGGUUUACAGAUGAGGAAAGCGAGGCCCAGAGACAGCUGCCCUUCCGUCUGUCUUGUCUUGAAGCGCGAGUGCCCAGGCCACCCUGGGGACAGGACAGGUGGACUGGCAGCCGAGAAUGGCCUUUCGCAGGGUCUGAGGGCUUCCGGCCGCCUAUGUACCCCGAACCAACUCUUCUGGAAGCGUCCCUGCAGCUCAGGACACACAAGUCGUGAGAUUUCCUGCUGCCCAGCCGCGCCUCCAGCAAAGGGAGACACGAGGACACUGAAUGAAGUCAAGCCCGAUCUUGUAUCUGGACACAGCAGAGGCCUCUCCUCCCUUAGCAACAGACGCUGCUGCCUGGUGACAGUCCCCAGGGCCUGGGUCUGAUUAGAAUGUGUAACGUGGACAACAUGGACUGCUCACGUCAGGAGAUCCCCAAAAGUGACUCAAUACACCACAUGAGCCACUCCCAGAUGCGGCCGGAGCUGCCCCCUCUGCCCGCCUCUGCUAACGAAGAACCGUCCGAGCUCUAUCAGACUGUCAUGUCGCACAGCUUUUACCCCCCGCUCAUGCAACGCACGUCGUGGACCCUGGCUGCGCCCUUCAAAGAGCAGCAGCACCACCGUGGGCCCAGUGACUCCAUCGCCAACAAUUACUCCCUGACAGCCCAGGACCUGAAGCUGAAGGACCUGCUGAAGGUCUACCAGCCAGUCACCGUCAACGUCCCCAGGGAAAGGCUCGUCCAGGGGCUGCCGUCAGCAACUAAAAGCUCAGCUGAACCCAACAAGAAGAAAAUGAAGUUCUCUCCCCGAGGCAAAGAGGAUCUCACCGGAAUCAAGUUGGUCUGCAACACCUCAAUGUCCUGCCUCUUGAAGAAGGAGGUGGUGGCCUCUCCGACCGCCCCAGGAAGCAGACCAAUGAGUCCUGAAGAACAGAUUCGUGUCAUGUUACAGAAGGAGAUGGAAAUUGAAAGUCAGGAACCCAAGCCAUCUGAAUCAGACUUGGAGAGAUACUAUUACUACCUGACCCACGGAAUCCGAAAAGAUAUGAUUGCCCCGGAGGAGAGUGAAGUGAUGGUUCGGGUCUCAAACCUGAUUUCAAACGCGCUGCUGACGAGCCCCUCGCUGGAGCCCCUGAUGACCAUCCUCAUAGAGGAGAAGGAGAAUGACUAUUACAACAGCCUCAAGAAGAGCAUCGUUGAUUACAUCCUCAUGGACCCCAUGGAGAGAAAGAGACUCUUCAUCGAGAGCGUGCCCCGUGCGUUUCCUCAGAGGGCCAUCCGGGCCCCCGUGCCCUGGCACAGUGGCUACAGGAACGCCAAGAAGUGGAACGAGGAGCAUCUGUACACGGUGAACCCCAUGAUACUCAGCCUGGAGGAGCUGUGGUUUGCAGAAUUUAAAGACCUCAGGUUUGUUCGAACAGCAGAAAUACUGGAGGGAAAAUUGCCUCUGCAGCCUCACGAGUAUCAGGACGUGAUCCGGAAACACUGCCUGGAAGCACGCCAGAUCCUUCUCAACAAGUGGAUCCCCACCUGUGCCAAGCUGUUCAUCUCGCAGAAGGAGCAGUGGAUCCAUUUCGCUCCCAAGAGCGACUUUGACCCCUCUCGCAACGUCGAGGAAUACUUUGCUUCAGUUGCAACCUUCAUGGCACUCCAGCUCCGAAAGUUGGUCAUUAAGUCUCUCGAGGACCUCGUUUCCCUUUUCAUGAUACACAAGGAUGGGAAUGAUUUCAAGGAGCCUUAUCAAGAGAUGGAGUUCUUUAUACCUCAACUAAUCAUGAUCAAACUUGAAGUCAGUGAACCCAAUAUUGUCUUCAAUCCAUCUUUUGAUAGCUGCUGGGAAUUAAUACGUGACUCUUUCCUGGAAAUUAUCAAGAGCUCUGAAGGGAUCCCCAAGGUGGAGUCUAUCCUGUUCCCAGAGUUGAAAGGCUAUAAUCUGAUCCUUCGCACCGUCAACCCUGAAGAAAAUCUGGUUUCCGAUUUCGUAGAUCAAACUUUCGAGGUAUUUCAGAAAAACCAAGUUGGCCCCCACAAAUACUUAAAUGUAUACAAAAAGUAUGAUGACUUAUUGGAUAACAUGGCAGAGCAAAACAUCACUGCAUUCCUGAAAGAAAAUCAUGAAAUGGACGAUUUUGUGACGAUGAUCAAUAGCAUAAAAAAGCGGAGAAAUGAAAUUGCAUCCAUGCACAUUUCCGUGCCUUUGGCCAUGUUCUGCCUCGACACAAUAACCAUAAAUUACGAACUCUGUGAGCGAGCCCAAAAUCUUAAAGACCGUCUGAUUCAAUUCCAAGUGGAUAUAAACCGGGACAACAAUACCAGCAUCUGUAAUCAGUACAGCUACAUCGCAGAAAAAGUCAGCGAGAUUCCUUCCAACACGGAGGAGCUGGUAUUGCUCAUCGACUUCUUAAAGAAAUCCAGCGACGUCACCGUGUUCAAACUCAGGAGGCAGCUCCGAGACGCAAUCGAGAGACUGGAGUUCCUGAUGGACUAUGCAGACCUGCCCCAGGAGGACAUCAAAUUAAACAGCACUCUGCUGCUCUGGCCAGACCAGAUUGAAGACGUCUUUGAGAACAGCCGAAACCUGCUCCUUAGCAAGAGGGAUCAGGCGGAGAUGGACCUCACUAAAAGGUGCUCAGAGUUUGAGUCGAAACUUGAAGGCUACAGCAAGGAACUAGAAGGUUUUCGGAAACGUGAAGUAAUGACUACAGAAUAAAGGCCCCUCUUUCUACUGAACGCCGAGGAAAUCGCGGAGGAAGUCGGGAACAUGUGGAGGACGAUCUAUAAACUGACCAAGACCUUAGCCGAUGUGCCGGCGCCCCGGCGCCUGGCGGAGAACGUGAAAGUCAAGAUCGACAAGUUCAAGCAGCACCUCCCCAUCCUCACCAUCUCCUGCAACCCGGGAAUGAAAGACCGGCACUGGCAGCAGAUCAGUGAGCUCGUUGGCUGUGAAAUAAAGCCCACGGAAACGACAUGUCUCGCAAAUAUGCUGGAAUUCGGGUUCAACAAAUUCAUUGACAAACUGGAGCCCAUUGGAGCCGCCGCUAGUAAGGAAUACUCCCUGGAGAGAAACUUGGAGAAAAUGAAGUUAGAAUGGGUCAACAUGAUGUUCACCUUCGUCAAGUACAGGGACACCGAUACGAGCAUCUUGUGCACAGUUGAUGAGAUUCAGCUGCUACUCGAUGAUCACGUGAUAAAGACCCAGACCAUGUGUGGCUCCCCAUUCAUCAAACCGAUAGAAGCAGAGUGCCGGAAGUGGGAAGAAAAGCUGAUCCGCAUGCAGGAAAUUUUGGACGCCUGGCUGAAAUGCCAAGCCACCUGGCUGUACCUGGAACCCAUCUUCAGUUCAGAGGACAUCAUAGCACAAAUGCCAGAAGAGGGCAGGAAAUUCGCCAUCGUCGAUGCGUCCUGGAAAUCGCUCAUGUCCCAGGCGGUGAAAGAUGCCAGAGUCUUGAUGGCAGCAGACCAGCCACGGAUGGCUGAGAAGCUUCAGGAGGCCAACAUUCUGCUGGAGGACAUCCAGAGGGGGUUGAACGAUUACUUGGAAAAGAAGAGACUGUUUUUCCCCAGGUUCUUCUUCCUGUCAAACGACGAGCUGCUGGAGAUCCUGUCGGAGACGAAGGACCCGCUCCGCGUGCAGCCACACCUGAAGAAGUGCUUCGAAGGGAUUGCCCGGCUGGAGUUUACAGACAACCUGGAGAUCGUGGGCAUGAUCAGCUCGGAGAAAGAGACCGUUCCAUUCAAACAGAAGAUCUACCCGGCUCAAGCCAAAGGCAUGGUGGAGAAGUGGCUCCAGCAGGUGGAGCGGGUGAUGCUUGCCAGUAUGCGUGAGGUGAUCAGCCUUGGGAUUGAAGCCUAUGUCCAGGUCCCUCGUGAUCGCUGGGUCUUACAGUGGCCUGGCCAGGUGGUUAUCUGCGUCUCCUCCAUCUUUUGGACCCAGGAGGUGUCCCAGGCCCUGGUCGAGAAGACCUUACCGGCUUUUCUGAAAAAGAGCAACGAUCAGAUUGCACAGAUUGUCCAGCUGGUGCGAGGCAAGCUGAGCAGUGGGGCCCGCCUCACCCUCGGGGCCCUCACGGUCAUCGAUGUCCACGCUCGCGACGUGGUGGCCAAGUUAUCUGAGGACAGCGUCUGUGACCUGAGCGACUUCCAGUGGAUCUCCCAGCUGCGCUACUACUGGGAUGCAGGGGACGUGCGGGUGCAGAUGGUCACCACACAAAUCCUGUACGGCUACGAGUACCUGGGGAACUCGCCCCGGCUGGUGAUCACGCCCCUCACCGACCGCUGCUACAGGACACUGAUGGGGGCUUUGAAGCUGAAUCUUGGGGGCGCCCCAGAGGGUCCGGCUGGGACAGGCAAGACAGAAACCACCAAAGACCUGGCCAAAGCUUUGGCCAAGCAGUGUGUGGUCUUCAACUGCUCAGAUGGCCUGGAUUACAAAGCCAUGGGGAAGUUCUUCAAGGGGCUGGCCCAGGCUGGAGCAUGGGCCUGCUUCGACGAGUUCAACAGGAUCGAGGUAGAAGUGCUGUCUGUGGUCGCUCAGCAGAUUCUCAGCAUCCAACAAGCCAUCAUCCGGAAGCUGAAGGUGUUCCUUGAGCUCCUGCGGAACCCGACCUGCGCUGUCUUCAUCACCAUGAAUCCCGGCUAUGCCGGCAGAGCUGAGCUGCCGGAUAACCUGAAGGCCUUGUUCCGGACGGUGGCCAUGAUGGUGCCGGAUUAUGCCCUCAUCGGAGAAAUCUCUCUCUAUUCUAUGGGGUUUCUGGACUCCAGGAGCCUGGCCCAGAAGAUCGUGGCGACGUACCGCCUGUGCUCGGAGCAGCUGUCCUCCCAGCACCACUACGACUACGGCAUGCGUGCGGUCAAGUCCGUGCUCACCGCUGCCGGCAACCUGAAGCUCAAGUACCCAGAGGAGAACGAGAGCGUCCUCCUGCUCCGGGCCCUGCUCGAUGUCAACCUGGCCAAGUUCCUGGCUCAGGAUGUCCCCCUGUUCCAGGGAAUCAUAUCGGACUUGUUUCCUGGAGUUGUCCUUCCGAAACCAGACUACGAGGUCUUCAUGGAAGUGCUGGAUAAGAACAUCGAGAAGAUGAAACUCCAGCCAGUUCCUUGGUUUAUUGGGAAAAUUAUCCAGAUCUACGAGAUGAUGCUGGUGAGACAUGGCUACAUGAUCGUCGGAGACCCUAUGGGUGGCAAGACCUGUGCUUAUAAAGUUUUGGCUGCGGCUCUGGGUGACUUAAACGAAGCCAACCAGAUGGAGGAGUUUGCCGUGGACUACAAGAUCAUCAACCCCAAGGCUAUCACCAUGGGGCAGCUGUAUGGGUGCUUUGACCAAGUGAGCCACGAAUGGACAGACGGUGUCCUCGCCAAUGCUUUUCGGGAGCAAGCGUCCUCAAUGUCUGAUGACCGCAAGUGGAUCGUAUUUGAUGGGCCGGUGGAUGCUGUUUGGAUCGAAAACAUGAACACGGUUCUGGACGACAAUAAAAAGCUGUGUUUAAUGAGUGGGGAGAUUAUCCAGAUGAGCCCCAAGAUGAGCCUGAUCUUUGAGCCAGCAGACUUGGAGCAGGCGUCCCCAGCCACCGUGAGCAGGUGUGGGAUGAUCUACAUGGAGCCCCACCAGCUGGGCUGGAAGCCGCUGAAGGAUUCAUACAUGGACACCCUGCCCUCCAGCCUCACUGAGGAGCACAGGGAAUUGGUCAGUGACAUGUUCAUGUGGCUUGUCCAGCCUAGCUUGGAAUUUAUUCGCCUUCAGUGUAAAUUUGUGGUCCAAACGUCUCCCACCCACCUUGCCUUCUCGAUGAUGAGACUGUACUCCUGUCUGCUUGAUGAAAUAAGGGAAAUAAAAGAAGAUGAAAGCGAAUCCCUCGAAGGCCUGACAAGCCAGCAGAUCUUCCUCUGGCUGCAAGGGUUGUUCCUCUUUGCCUUGGUGUGGACGGUGGCCAGCACCAUCAACAGCGAUGGCAGAAAAAAAUUCGAUCUGUUUUUCCGUAACCUGAUCAUGGGCCUGGAUGACAAUAACCCAAGGCCCAAAAGCGUCAGACUCACCAAAAACAACACCUUCCCAGAGAGAGGAAGCAUCUACGAUUUUUAUUUCCUCAAGCAAGGUAGUGGACACUGGUGCAAUUGGACAGAGUACAUCACCAAAGAGGAGGAAACUAUCCUAAGCAACGCAAAGGUUUCAGAGCUCAUCAUCCCCACCAUGGAGACAGCCCGGCAGUCGUUUUUCCUGAAAACGUACCUGGACCAUAAGAUUCCAAUGCUAUUUGUGGGACCCACGGGCACUGGCAAAUCAGCCAUCACCAACAACUUCCUUCUCCACCUUCCCAAAAACACCUACCUGCCCAACUGCAUCAAUUUCUCUGCCAGAACCUCAGCCGGUCAGACCCAGGAUAUCAUCAUGUCCAAGCUGGAUCGACGGCGGAAGGGCCUCUUUGGGCCUCCCAUAGGGAAGAAGGCGGUGGUAUUCGUAGAUGACUUGAACAUGCCAGCCAAAGAGGUGUACGGAGCCCAGCCCCCCAUCGAGCUCCUGAGGCAGUGGAUUGACCACGGUUACUGGUUCGACAAGAAGGACACGACCAAGCUGGACAUCGUGGAUGUGCUGCUCGUGACAGCCAUGGGACCCCCUGGGGGAGGAAGGAACGACAUUACCGGACGAUUCACUCGCCAUCUGAAUGUCAUUUCCAUCAGUGCCUUCGAAGAUGACAUUUUAACCAAGAUUUUCAAUUCGAUCGCGGACUGGCAUUUUGGGAAAGGGUUUGACGUGGUGUUCUUAAGGUAUGGAAGGAUGCUGGUACAGGCCACUAUGACAAUUUACAAAGCUGCAGUGGAGAAUUUCCUGCCGACUCCCUCCAAAUCGCAUUAUGUCUUUAACCUGCGGGACUUCGCUCGAGUGAUCCAAGGGGUGCUGCUCUGCCCUCACACCCACCUCCAGGAUGUGGAAAAACUUAUGCGGCUUUGGAUCCACGAGAUUUACCGGGUCUUCUAUGACCGGCUGAUCGACGACGAGGACAGACAGGUCUUCUUCACCAUGAUGAAGGAAACCACCUCCAGCUGCUUCAAGCAGACCGUGGAGAAGAUCCUCAUCCACCUUUCACCCACCGGGAAGAUCGUGGACGAUAACAUCCGCAGCCUCUUCUUUGGAGAUUACCUCAAACCGGACAGUUACCCAAAAGUCUAUGACGAGAUCACCGACCUGAAGCGGCUCACGGCGGUCAUGGAGUACUACCUGGAAGAGUUCAACAACGUCAGCAAGGCCCCCAUGUCCUUGGUCAUGUUCCGGUUCGCCAUCGAGCACAUCUCCAGGAUCUGCCGGGUCCUGAAGCAGAACAAAGGCCACUUGCUCCUGGUGGGCAUCGGGGGCAGCGGGCGGCAGAGCGCCAGCAGGCUGUCCACGUUCAUGAACUCAUACGAGCUGUACCAGAUCGAGAUCAGCAAGAGCUACUCGAGCAGCGACUGGAGGGAGGACCUGAAGAAGGUCAUGCUGCAGGCCGGGGUGGCCACCAAGAGCACCGUGUUCCUCUUCGCUGACAACCAGAUCAAGGACGAGUCGUUCGUCGAGGACAUCAACAUGCUUCUGAACACAGGCGAUGUGCCUAACAUCUUCCCUGCCGACGAGAAGGCGGACCUGGUGGAGAAGAUGCAGACGGCAGCCAGGACAGAAGGCCAGAAGAUCGAGGUCACCCCUCUGUCUAUGUAUAACUUCUUUAUCGAGAGGGUCAAGAAGAACCUUCACAUCGUCCUCGCCAUGAGUCCAAUCGGGGAUGCCUUUCGGAACCGCCUGCGCAUGUUCCCGUCACUGAUCAAUUGCUGUACCAUCGACUGGUUCCAGUCCUGGCCCACGGAUGCCCUGGAGUUGGUGGCUAACAAAUUUCUGGAAGACGUGGAGCUCGAUGAUAACAUCCGGAGAGAGGUCGUCUCCAUGUGCAAAUACUUCCAGGAGAACGUGAAGGAGCUGUCGCUCGAUUACUACCACACGCUUCGUAGACACAACUACGUCACCCCCACCUCCUACCUUGAACUGAUCCUCACCUUCAAGACGCUGUUGAACAGCAAGAGGCAGGAGGUUGACAUGAUGAGGAACCGCUACCUGACGGGCCUGCAGAAACUGGAAUUCGCAGCUUCCCAGGUGGCCGUCAUGCAAGUCGAACUGACUGCCCUCCAACCCCAACUCAUCCACACGUCGGAGGAGACCGCCCGGAUGAUGGUGAAAAUUGAAGAGGAGACGAGAGAAGCCGACGCCAAGAAGCUCGUGGUGCAGGCAGACGAGAAGGAAGCCGACAAGGCCGCCGCGGUCGCUCAGGGAAUCAAGAACGAGUGCGAAGGGGACCUGGCAGAGGCGAUGCCCGCGCUGGAGGCCGCCCUGGCCGCGCUCGACACCCUGAACCCCGCAGACAUCUCGCUGGUGAAGUCGAUGCAGAACCCCCCGGGCCCCGUCAAGCUGGUCAUGGAGAGCAUCUGUGUCAUGAAAGGGCUGAAACCAGAGAGGAAGCCGGACCCCAGCGGCAGCGGUAAGAUGAUAGAAGAUUACUGGGGAGUAUCGAGAAAGAUUCUCGGAGAUCUGAAAUUCCUGGAGAGUCUUAAGACAUACGACAAAGACAACGUCCCCCCCGCCAUCAUGAAACGGAUCCGGGACAGGUUCAUCGACCACCCCGACUUCCAGCCGGCCGUCAUUAAAAACGUGUCGUCGGCCUGUGAGGGUCUGUGCAAGUGGGUGAGGGCCAUGGAGGUGUACGACCGCGUGGCCAAGGUCGUGGCUCCGAAGCGGGAGCGGCUGAGGGAGGCGGAGGGGAAGCUGGCCACCCAGAUGCAGGCGCUGAACCGGAAGCACGCGGAGCUGAAGCUGGUGGAAGGCCGGCUCCAGGCCCUCAACGACGAAUUCGAGGAGAUGAACGCCAAGAAGACGACCUUGGAGGAGAAUAUCCAGAUCUGCUCGCAGAAGCUGAUCCGGGCGGAGAAGCUGAUCAGCGGUCUUGGGGGAGAGAAGGACAGAUGGACAGAAGCCGCCCGGCAGCUGGGGAUCCGCUACACGAAUCUGACGGGGGACGUGCUGGUGUCCGCGGGGACCGUGGCCUACCUGGGGGCCUUUACCGUGGAUUACCGGGCCAACUGCCAGAAGCAGUGGCUGGCCCAGUGCAAGGAGCGCGCCAUCCCAGGCUCCAGUGACUUCAGUCUGAGCAGCACGCUCGGGGACCCCGUGAAGACCCGUGCCUGGCAGAUGGCUGGGCUGCCUAUCGACUCCUUCUCCGUCGAUAACGGCAUCAUCGUGUCCAAUUCCAGACGCUGGGCCUUGAUGAUCGAUCCUCAGGGCCAGGCCAAUAAGUGGAUCAAGAACAUGGAGAAGGCGAACAAGCUGUCUGUCACCAAGCUGUCGGACGCCAGCUACGUGCGGACGCUGGAGAACGCGCUGCAGAUUGGCACCCCCGUCCUCCUCGAGAACGUGGGAGAGGAGCUGGACGCCUUCAUCGAGCCCGUCUUGCUCAAGUCCACGUUCAAGCAGCAGGGCGUCGAGUACAUGAGGCUGGGGGAGAACAUCAUCGAGUACUCCAAGGACUUUAAGUUGUACAUCACGACCCGGCUGAGGAACCCGCAUUACCUGCCUGAGGUGGCUGUGAAAGUCUGCCUCCUUAACUUCAUGAUCACCCCCUUGGGCCUCCAAGACCAGCUCCUCGGCAUCGUGGCCGCCAAGGAGAAGCCGGAACUGGAAGAGAAGAAGAACAAGCUGAUUGUGGAGAGCGCCAGGAACAAGAAGCAGCUGAAGGACAUUGAAGAUAAGAUCUUGGAGGUCCUCUCCCUGUCCGAGGGCAACAUCCUCGAGGAUGAGACGGCCAUCAGGAUUCUGUCAUCCUCGAAACAGCUGUCGGAAGAAAUCUCCGAGAAACAGGAAAUUGCUUCAUUGACGGAAAUGCAGAUCGACGAGACGCGGCUGGGCUACAAGCCGGUGGCCGUCCACUCGGCCACCAUCUUCUUCUGCAUCUCCGACCUGGCCAACAUCGAGCCGAUGUACCAGUACUCGCUGACGUGGUUCAUAGCCCUCUACGUGCACUCCCUGGCCCACAGCCAGAAGAGCGAGACCCUGGCGCAGCGCAUCGACUACAUCAUCGAGCACUUCACCCUCAGCGUCUACAACAACGUCUGCCGCUCUCUGUUCGAGAAGGACAAGCUGCUCUUCUCCCUCCUCCUGACCGUCGGCAUCUUGAAAGAGAAAAAGCAGAUCGACGAGGAGGUCUGGUACUUCCUUCUCACCGGAGGGGUGGCCCUGGACAACCCCUUCCCCAACCCGGCCCCGCAGUGGCUCUCUGAGAAGGCGUGGGCGGAAGUGGUCCGUGCGUCCGCGCUGCCCGCGCUGCAGGGCCUGAGGGAGCACCUGGAGAAGUACCCUCACGAGUGGAAGCCCAUCUACGACUCGGCCUGGCCGCAUGAGGAGAGCUUCCCCGGCUCUUGGAACUUCCUCCAGGGCCUGGAGAGGAUGGUCAUCCUGCGCUGCCUGCGGCCCGACAAGAUGAUCCCGGCCACCCGGCAGCUCAUCGCCGAGCGCAUGGGCAGUGUGUACGUGGAGGCCCCCACCUUCGACCUGCAGGGCUCCUACGACGACUCCAGCUGCUGCGUUCCGCUGAUCUUCGUGCUGUCUCCGGGCGCCGACCCCAUGGCAGGCCUGCUGAAGUUUGCAGACGACCUUGGCAUGGGAGGCACCAAAACAGAGACCGUCUCCCUCGGCCAAGGCCAAGGCCCUGUCGCUGCCAAAAUGAUCAACACAGCCAUCAAAGAAGGGACGUGGGUGGUCUUACAGAACUGCCAUCUGGCCACAAGCUGGAUGCCUGCGCUGGAGAAGAUCUGUGAGGAGGUGAUUGUCCCUGAGGCCACCAACGUCAGAUUCAGACUCUGGUUAACCAGCUAUCCGUCGGAGAAGUUUCCGGUCAGCAUCCUCCAGAACGGGAUCAAAAUGACCAACGAGCCCCCCAAAGGGCUCCGGGCCAACCUCUUACGCUCCUACCUCAACGACCCCAUCUCGGACCCUGUGUUCUUCCAGAGCUGCACCAAACCCAUGAUGUGGCAAAAGCUGAUGUUUGGUCUCUGCUUCUUCCACGCCAUCGUGCAGGAGAGGAGGAACUUCGGGCCCCUGGGUUGGAACAUCCCGUAUGAAUUCAACGAGUCGGACCUGAGGAUCAGCAUGCGGCAGAUCCAGAUGUUUCUGAACGAGUACAAGGAGGUGCCGUUUGAGGCUCUGACCUACCUGACAGGGGAGUGUAAUUAUGGAGGCAGAGUGACCGAUGACAAAGACCGACGUCUCCUGCUGUCCCUUCUGUCCACGUUCUACUGUAAGGAAAUCGAGCAGGACCAUUACUAUGUUGCUCCUGGAGACACUUACUACAUCCCUCCCCACGGCUCCUAUCAGUCCUACAUCGAGUACCUCCGGAGCCUUCCCAUCACGGCCCACCCAGAGGUGUUUGGCCUGCACGAGAAUGCCGACAUCACCAAGGACAACCAGGAGACCAACCAGCUGUUUCAGGGGGUGCUGCUGACCCUGCCCAGGCAGUCGGCGGGGAGUGGCAAAUCCCCCCAGGAGGUGAUUGAGGAGCUGGCCCACGACAUCCUCUCCAAACUUCCCGACGACUUUGACCUGGAGAGGGUCAUGAAGUUGUACCCAGUGGUCUAUGAAGAAUCCAUGAACACCGUCCUGAGGCAGGAGCUCAUCAGAUUCAACAGGCUGACCAAAGUGGUUCGUAAAAGCCUCGUCAGCCUUGGCCGAGCCAUUAAGGGGCAAGUCCUGAUGUCCUCGGAGCUGGAGGACGUCUUCGACAGCGUGCUCGUGGGUAAAGUGCCAGCCAUGUGGAUGGCCAAGUCCUACCCGUCACUGAAGGCCCUGGGGGGCUAUGUGGCCGACCUGCUGGCCCGCCUGGCCUUCUUCCAGGACUGGAUUGACGGCGGGCCUCCUGUGGUCUUCUGGAUAUCUGGCUUCUACUUCACACAGUCCUUUCUGACGGGCGUCUCUCAGAAUUACGCCCGGAGACACACCAUCCCCAUCGACCACAUCGGGUUCGAGUUUGAGGUAACCACACGGGAGACGGUCAUGGAGAGCAGCCCAGAAGACGGCGCCUACAUAAAGGGACUCUUCUUAGAAGGUGCCCGUUGGGACAGGAAAACGAUGCAGAUUGGGGAGUCUCUCCCCAAAAUCCUCUAUGACCCGUUGCCCAUCAUUUGGCUGAAACCUGGGGAAAGUGCACUGUUUCAGCAUCGAGACGUUUACGUGUGUCCGGUCUAUAAAACCAGUGCCCGCAGAGGCACCCUGUCCACCACGGGCCACUCCACCAACUACGUCCUCUCCAUCGAACUGCCGACAGAGAGGCCCCAGAAGCACUGGAUAAACCGAGGGGUGGCCUCUCUGUGCCAGCUGGAUAACUGACGGCGACAGUCUCUGCACGGAAAAUAAAAGGCCUUCCGUUGUCAACUACAAUCUAGCUUUCUUUUCUUGAGUCACAUGACGUGCUGAUGGUGAUGAUGAUGAGUCACAUUAACUG